GUCAUAUAAUCCCCCAUAGACGAUCACCGAAGUGGAAACGUGUCUUGUUCAUCCUUGUUGAAACAACCAGCUUCACCUUUCAGCAUGGACAUAUACGCCAAAGACAUUAAGAAACCCAAGCCAGCGUUGUUUUGUAACAUAAAGAUCUUCGUGUUGUGUCAUGGCCUGCUCCAGCUCACUCAGCUCCUAUAUAGCUCUUACUUCAAGAGCACCAUCACUACAAUCGAGAGACGCUAUGGCCUGGACAGCCUCUCCUCAGGAACCAUCUCUUCCCUCCAUGAGGUAGGGAACACAGUGCUGAUAGUGUUUGUCAGUUACAUGGGUAGUCGGGUUCAUCGACCUCGAUUCAUUGGACUGGGUGGCCUGCUAAUGGCGAUAAGUGCCAUGAUCUUAGCUGUACCUCACUUCCUGUCCCAGCCCUACACCUUUGACUCUGUCCUGCAUGCGAGCAGACAGGACAUGUGUGAUGUGCGUGGGAAUUCAACUGGUGCCGAGUCUUGUGGUCAGGAGGAUUCACGGAAGCUUGUGGACACCAGUAAAUUCUGGGUGUUAAUGGCUACGGCCCAACUGCUUUUCGGAAUCGGUUCUGUCCCCAUCCAACCUUUUGGCAUAUCUUAUAUAGAUGACUUUGCAGGGGCUGGGAAUUCACCUCUCUAUAUUGCUAUUCUCUUUGCUUUGUCAGUGUUUGGGCCUUCCUUUGGAUUCCUCUUAGGCUCUGUGGUUUUGCGUAUUUAUGUGGAUGUGGACAGAUCCAGCACAGGGGAGGCAUUGGAAUUGACCCCCUCUGACCCUCGCUGGGUUGGUGCAUGGUGGAUGGGUCUGCUCAUCACUGCUGGAGGUCUAGCUCUCACCUCAAUCCCUUACUUCUUCUUCCCCAAAUCGCUUCAUGUAGAGAAGUCUUUUGAACUGGAUGGUGACAUCAUGAAAGAAGACCCCAAGAAGUCUGAAAGCUCCAUGCUGGAUUUCUUUAAAAUGUUCCCUAAGAUGUUCGUCAGACUGUUGCUAAGUCCUAUUUUUAUGCUGCUGGUUCUGACCCAGUGCUGUUUCUCCUCUGUGAUCGCUGGACUUGCCACCUUCCUCAACAAGUUCCUGGAGCGCCAGUACAGUGCCACUGCAGCCUACAGCAGCCUUCUUAUUGGUGCUUUAAACCUGCCAUCCGUUGCCGUGGGGAUGUUGCUUGGGGGUCUGAUUAUGAAACGCUGGGGUUUGUCAUUCAGAGCCAUUCCACGUUUCUCUGUUGUAAUGCUCACCAUCUCUGUCUCCUGCUGUGUGCCUCUCUUCUUCAUGGGCUGCCCCACACAAGAUGUUGCUGGUGUUUAUCCCAAAACAUCUAAUGCCACCAAUGGCAGGCUUUUUCUGUCCUGUAGCGCAAACUGCUCAUGUCCCAGCAGCACCUUUAACCCAGUGUGUGGGGAAAACAACAUUGAGUACAUCUCACCCUGCCAUGCUGGGUGCAAAAACUUCACCAUGGAUCCCAAGAACCCAUACAGAGUCCAGACUUAUAAUAACUGCCAGUGUAUUCCUGCUAUGGGCAAUGCCAAGCCUGGCCCUUGUGCCAACGCCUGCCCUCACUAUCUCCUGCCCGUAAUGCUCCUCAUAUCUCUGGCCGGACUUAUUGCCAGCCUAACACACAACCCUAUCUACAUGAUGGUGCUGAGGACAGUUCCUCCAGAAGAGAAGUCGUUUGCCAUAGGGGUUCAGUUUCUGCUUCUGAGAGUUCUGACCUGGCUGCCAGCUCCAGCUCUGUUCGGGACAACCAUAGACUCCACAUGUAUCUGGUGGAAAACGGCUUGUGGAAAAAAGCAAGGAUGUGGUUACUAUGACAACAACCUUCUUAGAAACAGGUAUCUAGGGCUUCAGGUGGGCUAUAAGACAUUAGGCAUUGCACUCCUGGCAUUUAUUGGCUGGAAAAUGCACCGGACCAGAGAGUACAGCUUAGAGAAAAGGCCAGAGGGACCCCUGUGAUGCCUCAACUCUGCUUAGCCUAUUGGAUCUCACUUUUGAGAACCUUCUCAGAGAGUUGAGCCCCUGGAUAUUUCUCCUUCCAACACCUGGCGGAAAAUCUGAUUAAUUCAGUUUGGAUAUUUCUCAAGUUGUGCACUUAGUAGCUGCUUGAGUAUUUAUUCCCCCCCUGCAUGCAAGGAGGGUCAUAACUGGACAGAUUCAGGGACUUCUCACCUCUGCAGUUAUUUUGGUAUUAAUAAAUAUGUAUAGUAACUCAAAACAAUUAAUCAUAAUCUUUGGUUAAUAUGCAAUUGAAUCAUGAUUCAAAAUGGUUGAAAAUUGUAUUGUUAUUUCCCCCCCCAUAUAUCUUCUGUUCUAUUUGAAGACUAUGUGAAGGAUGUGGAAUGCUCUGUAUCCUCAAGUGCACACAGAUACACAAGUGUGUCGAAUAUCAAACUAUGUGCGACUUGAGGUGUGUAGCUUCAAAUAACGAUAGUAGCCUGAGCACAUUUAAAAUGUUACUUUCAAAUGUGAAGACGUUUAAAACUAGGCAUUAAGAUAGAUGUUUGUAAAAUAUAUUUUUAUACCUGAUAUUGCUGUUUUAUUAUAAUCUUUGUUCGUAUUGUUUUGUUACGGUUUAUAAUACAAAUGACAAAAUGCUUUUCUGUAAUGAAUCGUGACUCUGAUAAACUUUUUAUUAUGCAAUAUGUAACGUUUAUUUACCAAUGUAUAAGUUAUUUCAAAUAUAAAAUUUGUUCACAAA